UGCACCCAGAGGAAAGUCUCAGAAAGCUAUCCAAGAUGACCGUUCAGUGAUCAGACAGAUCACAGCUACGGUGACAUUUCUGCCACUAUUGGAAGUUUCUUGUUCAUUUGAUCUACUCAUAUAUACAGACAAAGAUUUGGUUGUACCUGAAAAAUGGGAAGAGUCGGGACCACAGUUUAUUACCAAUUCUGAGGAAGUCCGUCUUCGUUCAUUUACUACUACAAUCCACAAAGUAAAUAGCAUGGUGGCCUACAAAAUUCCUGUCAAUGACUGAGGAUAAGAUAAGGACAGUGAUGUACUUAUAACUCUCAGAUGUGGUUUUCCUGAAACCAAGUCAACUCUAGUUGAUACAUUUUGUUUCAUUGGUUAAUUUUUAGAUGGGGAAAACUUAACAUUAUACUUCUAUUGAACUGUGCAUAAUUGUUACAUAUUUUGGUACCUGUAUGACUUUAUACAGGGUUGGUAUAAAUUAUUGCACAUUGUUCAGAAGGGAACUAGCAGAUGACAUCAGCAUUGUUAAUGUCAAUUCCUUUAAAGGUGGUAACUGUAGAUGGAAAACUUUUGCCAUAAAGCUAAAUGCCUUCUUAAGCCUUUUGGUCACGUACCUUGAUUCGGAAUAUAGGUAGGGAGAUAUUUAAAUAUAAAAUACAGCAAAAGAAGUCCGAAUAUUCAGAGUCUUUGUUUAGAUCCUGAAAUUAUCUAAUGAUAAUCUGUAAGUAAUGAAAUACUGCUCCUGUUAGGUCCUUUUGCCAUUUGUUUUAUUUGUAUAUUUUCCGUAUUAAAAGCAUUUCCAGUUAUUUGAUUUUAAUUUAUAUAACUUGAACUUACAAAGCUCUGUAUAUUGCCACUGUUUAAAUUCCUGUGAUACAGAACACUUAAAAAUUUUUUUUAUGUUUUAUAAAAUCAAGCUUUAAAUGAUGUAAUAAAGUUAAGUAUGUAUAUUUUAA